AUGUCGGCCACGCCUGCUAAGAGGAAGCGUUCCAGAGCGCAGUCUCUUCCUCCUCCCGAACUCCCCCGCCUCGUUGCCGAACAACACGUCCCAAUUCCUGCCAGUGAUAAAGACACGAAACGGCUGAUUGUGGUCCUGUCAAAUGCCAGUCUGGAGACAUACCGAGCUGCCUACGGUGGUGGAAAACCCGGCGGCAAGGAAGAAAAGUAUUCCCUGCUAAACAGUGAUGAACACAUCGGCGUCAUGCGCAAAAUGGGCCGCGAUAUCAGCGAUGCCCGACCCGACAUCACACAUCAGUGUCUCCUGACCCUCCUCGACUCCCCCAUCAACAAGGCCGGAAGGCUGCAGAUCUUCAUCCACACCGCCAAAGGCGUCUUGAUCGAAGUCAGCCCCACCGUUCGGAUUCCGAGAACAUUCAAGCGGUUUGCCGGGCUCAUGGUCCAAUUGCUGCACCGAUUGUCCAUCCGAUCUGUCAACUCGCAGGAAAAGUUGCUCAAAGUGAUCAAAAACCCCAUUACCGACCACCUUCCCCCGAACUGCCGAAAAGUCACCUUAAGCUUCGACGCUGAUGUCGUCCGAGUCCGGGAUUAUGUCGACACCCUCUCAUCCAAUGAGAGCAUCUGCGUCUUUGUCGGUGCUAUGGCCAAAGGGAAAGACGACUUUGCCGACGCCUUUAAGGACGAAGCCAUCAGUAUCAGCAAUUAUAGCCUCAGUGCCAGUGUGACUUGCAGCAAAUUCUGUCACGCUUGCGAAGACGCCUGGAACAUCAUAUGA